CUUUUUGUUCAUCGUGUUCUGUAAGGUAAUAGCAACGUUCUGAAUCGUUGCAGCCAAAGUGAAAAUUGUGUUCAGAUGCUGGAAGAAAGGGACAUCAAUCUGCAAAGGAGCACCUCUUCUGAUUCUACAGAUUCAGGCUGCUGCAUGGAUUCUCCAACCUUGCAGGGUGCGAAAGACCUUGACGACACCUUUCGACUUCCGAUACAAAGAAUGCAUUCCAUCCCGCAAAGCCUUCUGGGAUGUAGCCCUGCUUUGAAGAGGAGCCAUUCGGAUGUGCUGGGCUGCAGUGCUUUUCAGUCCUGUGACUCUGAAGAGAACAAAGAGAAUGAGCCCUUUGAAUUCAAAAAGCCGAUGCGGCCUACCUCUCGCAGUUCUUGGCGCAGCUGUUCCCUUGAAAGUACACAAGACACUUUAGGACCAAAGCAGAAGUCUGCUCCAGGAUUUAUGGUUUGUAGCGGCGAGAGUGAAAAUCACCUGGGAAGCUCCAGUCCGGCAUACGUGAGGCAGCUCUCUCUGAAGGCCCCUGGAACAGAAGAUGAGGAUGAUGGAUUCCUGGAGAUCAUGGAUGGGCCAGAUGUCAGUAAUGAUGAAGAGAUGCCAUUUGGGGUGGCAAGUCUGUGGACUGCACCGUUAGUGAUGAAGACGCGACAGGAAACCCAGAAUAAGCGCUGCAGGCCGCUGGGGUCAGAAAGCAAGCCGUACGGUGUGGCCAAGGCUGCCCUGAAAAGAACGGAGAGAUCCCAGGAAGAGAAUUCACCGGAGACCAGCAAGAGGAAGAGAAAUGCUUGUGGAGCUCCACCUGAAGAACUGACGAGUCAGGUCCUUGUUGCCGAACCACUGUCAUCCUCAACCGAGAUAGAGAGUAUUCUAGACAACGACCAAAGGGACCUUAUUGGAGACUUCUCAAGGGGUUAUCUUUUUCACACGGUGGACGGGAAGCAUCAAGAUCUGAAAUAUAUCGACCCAGAAAUGAUCGUUGCAGUCUUGAACGGAAGCUUCGCAAGGUUCAUUAAGGAGUGUGUGAUCAUUGACUGCAGAUAUCCCUAUGAAUAUGAAGGAGGCCACAUCAAGGGUGCCGUAAACCUCCACAUGGAGGAAGAUGUGGAGGAGUUCUUGCUGAAGAAGCCCAUCGUCUCAUCUGACAACAAGAGAGUGAUCGUUGUUUUCCACUGCGAGUUCUCGUCAGAGCGGGGCCCACGAAUGUGCCGGUUUGUGAGGGAGAGAGAUCGCCUUGGCAACGAGUACCCCAGCCUGCACUACCCUGAGCUGUAUGUCCUGAAAGGGGGCUACAAGGACUUCUUCCUCAAAUGCAGGAGCUACUGUGAGCCGCAGGGCUACCGCCCCAUGCACCAUGAAGACUUCCGGGAGGACCUGAGGAAGUUCCGCACCAAGAGUCGGACGUGGGCCGGAGAGAAGAGCAAAAGAGAACUGUACAGUCGCUUGAAGAAGCUCUGAGAUCUCUUCAUGGGGCAGCCAGAUGCCGCUUGCCUGCCACGGGGGCAAAGGAGGACAUGGGCUGGCUUGUCGCCUUAGCCCUGCAGGCCGUGGAACGUGUUUGCUCCUUGCGUGGUCUUUGCCGUUGCUGCUUACUGAAUAACUUCCGGCAAGGGAAUGUGGGAGCACUUCGACUGCCCACCCACCCGCCCGGUGGGUCUGGACCCUGUUUACACUCCCCCGUGGAACUACGGCAUUUGUGUGCCUCCUUGCGUGGGAAGCUGUCCGUGCCUUCUGAAGUGUUAACAGUGAUAUUUUAGCAUGUGUUUUAAAAGUGUACCUUUUUAAAUGUUAGUCCAGUCCAAUGAAGCUAACUUAUGCCUGCGGCUGAGGUGUUUCAAGGCCUCUUUCUGACUCUGGUCCCAGCUGGAGGCACCCAAAGGGAACCCACCAAGCUGCCGCUGAGUUGUGUCAUGUUCACGAGUGCCGUCAUUUUUGCAAUUCGGUGCCGGGUGGGGGAAGCAAGCAAGGAAGCUGGAAACAAUUUCUGCCCAGAACCUCACUGUCUGUUACCGGGAGCAGCUUCGUUGUGUUCUCGCCCCCGAGGCUCUGAUCUGACUGCCCUGGACUUUGCCAUAGCAGCUCCCUAAGAAAGAACACUGAGGGUCUUGGCUUUCUUGCGGAUAUCUCAGAGGACAGGGUGUUCCGUGAAGCGCCCUGGAUCCUCUAGCAGCAGAUUCCAGGAACCCCCACACCAGACACAGCAGUGGCGGUUCUUCUGAGACCAGGCUUCAGGAAAGGAAUGCUGACUUGGGGCAAUCAUGGUGCUUUCUCCCCACCCCCCCACCCCCACCCCAAAUCACUCCGCAGCCAAGGAUUGCGAGGCCUCUCCAACCCUGGCUUCCCGUUCUGCUGCUGUUCACUCCCACAUGUCUUGCUGGAAGGAUGGGUUGAUGUCUAUCGGCUUUUCUCAGCUCAUGAGAUGUCCAGAGGUAAAUAACGGAAUGGUGGGCAUGUGGCUACCACCUCUGAGGCUCACGGGGCCCCCUCUGGCAAAAGGCCGUUGUCAAAGAAUAGAGUCUGUUUUAUCAUCUGAUUGAAACGCUAAUUGUGUGUAUAGUUCCGUGGUGGUGAACCUUUGGCGCUCCAGAUGUUAUGGACUACAAUUCCCAUCAGCCCCUGCCAGCAUGGCCAAUUGGCCAUGCUGGCAAGGGCUGGUGGGAAUUGUAGUCCAUAACAUCUGGAGUGCCAAAGGUAGUUGGUAACAGUGGGACUUAGGGGCAGAAUACUUGGUUGCCCUUCAUAGGCGGCUGGCCAGAAAUCAUCCCUUUGGACACCUUGACCUCUGGUGCCGCAUCUUGUGUUACAAAUCCUCUUAUUGUGAAGAGGAGGGGCCGCAGGGGACCCAUAAGUGUAAAUUUCACGUUCCUCAAAGGCCGCUGCUGUUUGUUAUAUCUGGGGAAGGAGGCAAAGGGAAUUAAGAAAUCCAUGAGUGUUGGUUGGUUGUCGUCGAAAUGUGGGAAGGAAGCUAUUGGAUUGUGGGUUUGUACCUUGGUGGAACGGCCUUGUAUGCUCAGUCCAGCUCUUUCACAGACGGAACCUGCCAUCCGUGGUUUGUGCCUGUGCUGCUCAGACACUGGAGCCCUCGGGGAAAAGUCUGGGGUUUCGGUUGGCUGAGGACUCUCACAAAUGUUUGCUCUUCUUCCUAACCACUGUGCUUCCACAGCAGCUUUGCCGGCUUCGUCCUGUGAAUGUUCCCCAAAGUACUUAUUCUGCUUCUUCUCCGCACACUUCCUAGAAUUCGGGGUUCUGUAUUUGUUCUCGUUGCCAGUUUUAAAUUCAGCUGUGACGUUUGCGGAGGCUUAUUCAGCGAGAGGGAAAAGCACCUGCUUUUAAUGUAUUGUCAAUGUCUUGAAUGCAAGAGGGAAACGAGGGGCCUUCACUUGAAACCAUCUGGUUCUGUAGGCUCAGGAAAUAAACUGCCCAGUACCAAA